UAUGUACAGCAUUUUAUAGUUAAUAUACAGAACCUCAUAUGGAGGAAUUUCCAUUCUCCAGAAAAGUUCUCACAGCUAAAGCCACUCCACCCUAUAAUUAGUGCACAGCAUAUAUCUUCGAAGUCUUAACCAACUUCAUUUAUAGAAUCGGUUGUUCGGUUUUCGUGAAAGACUUUUCCUUAUGAAAAAGGUCAAAAGCCGUUUGGUUCAGUUGUUGUUGGAAAUCGGCCCUUAAAUAAAAUUAUUGUGAUUCCUUGAAGGGCCGGUGACCUGCUACAGACUUCCCCUAAUGGAGUUUUGAUAUAUAAUCACGAUAGUUUUCCAAGAACUACAAGUUUCAAUAUUCUAAGCCGCAAAAAGUAACUUUAGUUUGAUUUCAACAGUGGACAGUGGCUAACCGAAACUGGAAAAAGUACGACGCAUUAUGUUCGAACUUUCCAAAAUAUUCUCCUUGAGACGGUACGGUAGAAGAACUUCCCAUUCCAGACCUCAAGGGAGUAGUAAAAUGGAUCGCUAUGAAAAGCUCAGCCGUUUGGGUGAAGGCUCAUAUGGAGUUGUCUACAAGUGCCGUGACCGAGAUACUGGUGCCUUGGUAGCUGUCAAACGUUUUGUCGAAUCCGAAGAUGACCCAGCUAUUCGCAAAAUCGCCCUUCGUGAAAUUCGUCUGCUAAAAAAUUUAAAGCAUCCCAACCUAGUGUCACUAUUGGAAGUGUUCCGGCGAAAGCGCCGUCUACAUCUGGUUUUUGAAUUUUGCGAACUCACUGUACUGCACGAGUUGGAACGUCAUCCCCAGGGAUGUCCGGAGAAUCUCACCAAACAAAUCGUAUACCAAACCCUACAUGGUGUAGCAUAUUGUCACAAGCAAGGAUGCCUGCAUCGUGACAUCAAGCCAGAAAACAUCCUCCUCACAGCACAGGGUCAAGUUAAAUUGUGUGACUUUGGAUUUGCAAGGAUGCUGAGCCCCGGCGAAAACUAUACGGACUAUGUUGCAACGCGAUGGUAUCGAGCGCCAGAGUUGUUAGUAGGUGAUACACAAUAUGGGACACCAGUGGAUGUUUGGGCGAUUGGAUGUCUCUUUGCAGAGCUUGUGCGUGGCGAAGCAUUAUGGCCAGGACGCAGCGAUGUCGAUCAGUUGUACCUAAUUAGGAAAACAUUGGGUGAUUUACUACCAAGGCACAUACAAAUAUUCGGGCAGAAUGAAUACUUUAAAGGUAUAACCCUUCCUGUUCCACCAACUUUGGAGCCACUGGAGGACAAAAUGCCAAGCAAGGCGCUGCACAAUCCACUGACCAUAGAUUUUUUAAGGAAAUGUAUCGACAAGGAUCCAGCUAAACGGUGGUCGUGUGAAAAACUAAUAAAACACUCCUACUUUGAUGAUUAUAUUGCAAAGCAACGUGAAAUGGAAGCAUCAAGUUCUCUACAAGACUCAAGACAUCGAGAUAAAUCAAAGACUUCAAAUACAUCACUUCCUAUGCUGCCUAGCACACAGGAUUAUGUGAAAUUACAGCCAAUUAAAAACAAUCUUCAUCGAACAGAACACCAUUUGCCGACAAUAUAGAAAAGGCUUCGACGUCGUCGGUAAAAUAUUAAUUUUAAGACAAAAAAAAAUAACUUUUUUACGUGUCGUGCUUGUGAAGUAUAUUAUGGUUUAAGAUAUUGUGUAUCUUCUUUAAAUAAAAUUAUGAUUUUACAUUGUAAGGUAAUAACUCAAA